GCGCGCGUGCUCGACGAACUCCGUUCCAACUUCCGUGCGAAAGGUCGCGGCGUCUCGGUGCGGGCGGACGGGAAUCCCUGCCUGUAGCGUUGUGGCGCCGCAAUUGAGAAGACUUUCGUCUUCGUUAAAGUCUUUCAGAUUCCGUUAUUUCGGCCAAAUACGUUUAGGCGCAGGUACUUUGACCGAACAAGCGUUCGAGAUUUUGGGUUUGGGCUUCUCGCGAUACCUCACUAACUUAAGCGACUCGACCAGACAGAUUUUGUUGCUGCCGGUGGGAUGUUAAAAAACGUGUCAUUCUGCGGCUAGCUAGGUGUAUGUGUCCUGAAAUCCUGGAAGAUAAUACGACCAACAAACUUGAAAGUACUUGAGUUUAAAUCAGCUAUUCAACCGCAGUCGGAAGCGCCGGACGAGCCGCUAGCUAACCGGUCCUUUUCCGGCUGUAAUUUUGAGAAAGUCGCACAAAGGCGGGUGGCUUUGUCGGUUCUUUAUUUUUGGACACCGAUUAGGCUGCAUCGGGUCGCUUGACCAUGUACCCUAACCGGUCUCUGAGGCUAGCUAGCCGCCCGGCUUGCUGAUGCUCCGCGAGUGACUGCGCGGAGAGGCGAGCCCGUUCCCGGCCGGUUUCCUCUACCUUUGUUCGGGGCUCGGCCGAGCCGACGGUCGUUUCGCGGAAACCUCUCGCCAGUAACGGGGUCUCGGCGUUUGGCAUGGCGCGACAGAAGCACGCAGGCCCGGACUCCGCUAACGGGUGUGGGUAUGGCAGCGCCAAAGCCCACGGCGCACACACACACUCGGGCUUUGGGAUGACCGCAGCGAAGAGACCCAAGAUGGACCAGGUUCAAGCCGACCACCAACUCUUCCUGCAAGCCUUUGAGAAGCCAACUCAAAUAUAUAGAUUCCUCCGUACAAGGAACCUAAUGGCACCCAUUUUCCUGCAUAGAACCCUCACGUACAUGUCCCAUCGGAAUUCAAGAACCAACAGGAAAAGAAAACACUUCAGCAUGGAUGAUCUGCUCUUCAAAGCGGAGAAGACAAAAAUGGAGCAGGACUCGCACAAUUUAGCCCCCCAUUUACAGCUCACCUUUACUGGAUUUUUCCAUGACCUUGACACGGUCUCACAAAACUCGGAGAAUGAAGAAAACUUGGUGUCUUUGGAAGUGGUACUCCUCAUAGUCUAUCAUAAGAAGAGGAAGGAUGUCAGCUGCCCUAUUAAACAGGCGCUUAUGGGGAAGAAACAGGUGCUGAAGAAUCCAGACUACAGACAUGUGAAGGUGGGCUCGUGUCCGUCCAUCAUCGUGCCCAGUCAGUUGUUUGAGCACAAUAACAGCCACAUGGUGAAAUCCUGCUCCCUGCUGUUCAGGAUCACCUGCUCCGGAGGCCGGGAGCUCAGCAGCUUGCCCAGCAGAGACACCAAUGUUAUUGAAGAACUCCCCAGCAGAAAGAAGCGGUAUUCUACCCAUCGUGAAGAUAGCGAGACCACGUUUGUAGCCCAGAUGUCCGUGUUUGAUAAGAACAGGCGUCUGCAGCUGUUGGAUGGUGAAUAUGAAGUCUGUAUGCAGGAGACGGAGGAGUGUCCAAUCAGUAAAAAAACAGCCACAUGGGAAACCAUUCUGGACGGGAAGUGGGUGCCUCCGUUGGACAGACUGACCCAUGGCCCCACGUUGCACUUCACUCUACGUUGGACAGGCGACGCAGCCGGCCGUUCUGCUGCCCCCCCUACCCGUCCUCUCGCCACGCGCAACUCGGCCAGCGGCGUUGGGGAGAGCCAGCGGCCCACCGCCCCACGGCCUCACACAGUAGCGGUUAAAGAUCCCGUCAGCGACGACAUGUCUGUACGGAAGGAACGGGUCCAUACUGAGCCUCGGCAGAAGCUGCGUGUCUACUACCAGUUCCUGUACAACAACAACACACGGCAGCAGACGGAGGCUCGGGACGACCUGCACUGCCCCUGGUGCACGCUGAACUGCAGGAAGCUCUACAGCCUCCUCAAACACCUCAAACUCUCCCACAGUCGCUUCAUCUUCAACUACUUGCCUCACCCCAAGGGAGCCCGUAUCGACGUCUCUGUGAACGAGUGUUAUGAUGGCUCUUAUGUGGGGAACCCCCAGGACAUCCACUGCCAGCCUGGCUUUGCCUUCAGUCGCAAUGGUCCGGUGAAGAGGAGCUCCGUCACGCAUGUCCUCGUUUGCAGGCCCAAGCGGCGGAAGCCAUGCCUGUCUGAGAUCCUGGAGUCAGAGGACGAUCACCUGGAGCAGCAGCGGACGUAUGUGAGCGGCCACAAUCGCCUCUACUUCCACAGCGACAGCUGUGUCCCCCUCCGCCCGCAGGAGAUGGAUGUAGACAGCGAGGAUGAGAGGGACCCCGAGUGGCUGAGGGAGAAGACCACGAUGCAAAUCGAGGAGUUCACAGAUGUCAAUGAAGGUGAAAAAGAGGUGAUGAAACUCUGGAACCUGCAUGUGAUGAAACAUGGGUUCAUAGCUGACAAUCAGAUGAACCACGCCAGCAUGCUGUUUGUGGAGAAGUGCGGUUCUGUUAUCAUCCAGAAGAACCUGUGCAGAAACGUCCUGCUUCACCUGGUCAGCAUGCAUGACUUUGGCCUGGUGAGCACUGCCACCAUCGACAGGGCCAUGGCCCGCCUGCGGGAAGAGCAGCAGCACGAGGGCCACGCCUCCAAAGCCAAUAAAACUUAAACGCACGCACCCCCAAAUGCUGGCCCGGCACUCCAGGCCGGACAUGGAACCAAAUGUAGGGCCUGCGGCACUCGUGUGCUGGGUGUAAGGGUGUGUGCGUGUCACAGUGCGGGGCUGGCGGAGGGAGGUGGAGGGUUGGUUGGUGGUGGAAGUGACCUGUUAGUGAGGUCUCCCAGAAAACCAUCUGUGUGCUUUAAACUCAAAUCUAUUGCAUCGUUGGACAGUAACCUGAAGCAUUGCUCCAUAUCCAAACAAGAGAUGAGUGAUAUAGACAGAUUGCACUCUUGGCAAUCAGCUUCAAAAUAACUGUUUGAUUUUGUGACCUUUGGCCUCUACCCUGAGAACAUUGUAUCCCCAAGUUGAGUCCUGGAGCAUUUUUAGUGUUUUUUUUUUUUUUGUUUUUUUUUUUCCGUGUCUGUUUUGAAAAGACUUUUGAACAGAUUUCUAAUAUAUUUUAAACUGUGAAAAAUAUGUAAGCCCUGAUUUGUGGCUUUUACUGAUUUAACAUGUAUAACCUAGAGAUGGUUCAGGUCAUUUUUUUGAAGCUCUGUAGCGCUCACAGAUAUGUGGCUGCAAGUUGAGUGCCUCACUGUAGCUGUGGAGCCAUCCACAGACGAGUCGGUCAGGGGUCGAGCAGCUGGACCGUAGGAGAUGACCCCUGCAAGCGUGGAGCUGGAGAAGCCCAGCUGCAGCUGACUGGACAUGUGUUUUAAAUGUCCACCUCAGUCUGAAAUAUUACACUGAAAGCAAGAGACACAAGCGCACACACAUACAGGGUGAUGAAACUCAGAAGUAGAAUGCUAUGCUGGUCAGCACCGAGACACCUUGAAAAAGUGUUUACACAAAUUGUUUUAUAGAUAUAGAUUUCAAGCAGGGUUUCAACUUUUAAUGGAUGUAUGAUGUACUACUUGUAAGGACAUUUAGCAGUGCAGGGUUCAGUCUGCAAGUGGUUGUUUUUGUUUGUUUGGUGGCAGCUAGUAGUUUGUCAGUAGGCCAGUGUAAGGCUGCUCCUGCUUCCCUUCCAUGUGGCGUGUGCCGAAGGUAUCCUCACGCUCCAGGAAGGAACCGCCGCUUCCGCUUGCUCCUUUCGCCGUUUUGCUUCGUCUGCGUUAAUAGGACGUUGGCUUUUAGACAGAUAUAAACCACACCCCCCUUCGACGGUGGAAGGCUUUGCUGCUGGGUUGGUUCCUUGUCAGAAAUGGUCUGAUGGAGCUUUCAUCACUUUGUCUACUUACAUGUCGACGUCUCUAUGUACUUAAGCUACAUAACACAUUUUUAAAAAUGCAAAACAUUCGGUUAAGAUGAUUCUGUCUUGAGGCUUAGUUUUUGGAAAGGGUGAAGUUUACAUACCAAAGUUGAUGACUUUACAGCAAUCACGCGCAUCUUUAGCUUGAAGAAUGGAUUUCUUGCCGUCAUGGACUCUGCCCAAAGGCUUUGGCUGGUUCAGCGCGAAUACACCGACUGCGGCUGUGCUUAGACACAGCACAGCAUUCACCCGUUACGGUGUGGAGUCGCGGUUCUACCAGCCAACUAGUUUGCUUUCAGUGCCUCAACCCAAUACCAGCAUCAUUUGCACAAGAUGUGGAUGGAAAACUGUUGACAGAUGGCCAGUUUGGAAUUUUGGUGCUUUUGCUGUAAAAGGAAUGUCUUGGAAUAGUUUUUUCUAUUUAAAAAUAAAUGGAUUUUUUCACAGUUGA